AUGUCGGAUCCAUUCUGGUACACGUAUCCCUCCCCAUUGGAAGGGUAUCAAGACCUCCCGCCACUCCCAGAUGACUUAAAUGAGGAUGGAAAGUCUUUCAAGAAUCCUCAGACGGGUAUCCUAAGCGAGAGCUACCAGAAAUUCACCUCUGGCGUAACAAAUGGCCCGCGGGGUGGGUUUGACGUCCACAUCUACUACCAUCUCAACAGUGACGAGCAGAAGGACUUUGCCCGGGCAUUAUGGGAGAGGAUUCGAAGGGAGUUUCCGGAGCUGAGGAUCUAUCGCUUCUGGGAUCAUCCGGUUGGACCACAUACAAUGGCCAUGUUUGAGGUUAAUCUCUUCACACCGGCGCAAUUCGGGGCUUUCAUUCCAUGGCUGAUCAUCAAUCGAGGGCCCUUGUCUGCUCUUGUCCAUCCCAAUCAUGAAGAUGGCGAUGCGUUGAGGGACCACAGUCAAAGAGCCACCUGGCUGGGAGAGCGCGUGCCACUUGAUUUGGGCAUGUUGAGGAAGUUUAUGAACAAAAGGACAAGUGAGCGAGUAAAUGGGAAGACAGAAUAG